CUGAGCAUGAGGGGGGCUCCCUGUGGUGGGAGGUGACAGGAGGGGGCCGAGCCACCUCCUUGGCCCAGGGCUGCCUGCGUGGCUGGAGCUGCCUGCGGGCAGCGAGGGAGGAUGCUGCCAGUGCUCUGACCCCUCACUUGGCAGCCUGAUUUGCUGGCCCUGGUGUGAUCUAACUGGAGCUGAGCCCGGGGCCAAUUUGUGCUCAUUUACCAGACGUGGAGGCGUUUGGAGUGAGGCUGCCCCGGUGGGGUCCUGGGGAAGGCUGGAAGGAAAGCAGCAGGAAUUCUGCACUGCCUGGGCCAGACACCAGCCCAGGAAGCGCUGGGGUGAAGCGCCGCGGCGGGACGGCAGCAGUAAACAACGCCGGGACGUGCCGGGCGGCUCGAGAGCCGCGACUCCGGGGAUGCUCCCGGCCACGGGGACAGCGGGCGACAGCCACCCGGGCAUGUGGCCACGGGGACACGAGGGAUGGCAUAAGGCCGCGGGGCUCCGUGCCACGGGGACGCUCAGCCCCGAGAGAGGAUGCUCAGCAGCGAGGUGGGAUGCCCAGCCCCAGGGGAAGGUGGGAUGCCCAGCCCCAGGGGAUGCCCGGACCCGAGGCGGGAUGCUCAGCUCCUGGGGGGAUGCUUAGCAGCCAGGCAGGACGGGUCACAGCCCUGCUGCCCUCGUGGGAUGGGAUGCUUGGCUACUGCACGUGGAUCCCACCACAGCAGUGGGAUGUGGUACCCACUGCAGGAGGAAGGAUGUGGAAAAGACAUCUCCCAAAUCCCACGGAUGCUUUUCCACCUUUGGUUUUGCAGCUUUGCUCCCUUCUCCCAGGCCAAGGGAGCUCUCUGGGCUGGCUCUGGCAGCAGCCAUGCCCCUGUGCUCACCCCUGGCUCACCUGGGCAGAAACACCCUCACCUCUCCGCACCACAUUCCCAGACAGGGAGACAAGGCAGUGCUCCAGGCCGGGGCAGAGGGGCUGGAAUGCUGGAAAACGUCCCGGGGGUGCCGGUGGCUGGACACGAACCCAGGUGAGCUCAGGUGAGCAAGUGGCCAAUGGCCCUGAGCUGGCACUGCUGGGGCACCUCCAGUGCUGGGGACAGCUCUGGGCCCCUCCUGACAGGAGAGCCCUGGAGGGGCUGGAGCAUGUCCAGGGCAGGGAACAGAGCUGGGACGGGAAUGGAGCCCCAGGAAAGGCUGAGAGAGCUGGGAAGGGGCUCAGCCUGGAGAAAAGGAGGCUCAGGGGGGACCCUGUGGCUCUGCACAAGUCUCUGACAGGAGGGGACAGCCAGGGGGAACAAGGACAGGAGGAGAGGGAACAGCCUCCAGCUGGGCCAGGGGAAGCUCAGGGUGGGCACCAGCAGGAAUUUCCCCAUGGAAAGGGAGCUCAGGCCUUGGAACUGCCAGGGGGGUUUGGAGAGCCCAUCCUGGAGGUGCCCAAGGAGCUCCUGGUGUGGCCCUCAGUGCCCUGGGCUGGUGACAGGGUGGGCACUGGGCACAGUGUGCACUCCAUGGCCCCGGGGGCUCUCCCGCCGCGCUGGGCUCGGUGGUUCUGCGGUGCCGAGGCACGGCCCUGGCAGGUCCUGCUGUCUUGUCAGGGAUUGUGGGAUUGUCUUGAGGCAUUUUACUUCCUUAUAAGGCCCUGCUGUUCCCUGCUCCUGUGUCUGCAGCCGGGCUGGCAUCGCCUGAGGGAGAGCACAACAAUUCCCAGCGGGCUGCUGGGACACCCUCCUGCCCUGCCCUGCCCAGCCCAGCCCAGCCCCUCGGAUCCUCGGCUCUCAUCCCCACACUGCCCGAUGCCCGGGCAGGAAGGCCUUUUUCUGCAGGUCCUGCCCUGUGGAAGGAGCAGCUCAGCCAUCUCCUGAACAAGGGAUGGGGCUUUGGCAUCCCUCGGGACUGCUGGCUCGGAAGCACCUUGUCCAAGGAGAGCCCAGUGCAGCAGUAGCUCUAGCCCGAGUGUCUGACAGUGCAACUCCUCGGUGCACCUGGAGAACAAGGAUGACGACUCCUCUGCCUGAAAUAAGGCUGUUAGGGAGCAAACACCAUAAACUGCAUGUUCAGCAGAUGAACCUCUCCCACUGCUUCUUCUGAGGCUCCUCCAAGGGUGUAAAUGUGGUGGGAAGGGAGAUACAGGGGGAAGAGGAGAGCAGAUCCCCAUGGGACUGGAUUUCCAGCUAUGAAUGACCCACACAUGGGUAUAAAGACCUCUGCAUCUCCAGGAGCAGCCUUGGGACCCUGUGCUCCAUGUUCCAAGAGCCUGGCUCCCAGGUAUUUUGUCCCCCUCCAGCCCCUGGGUGCCAGAGGAGUGACCCCCACCCAUGAGAGAGCCUUCUCCCUCUCUCCAGCCCCAAUUCCUUGCUCCCAGGCAUCACCUGGGGACACUCCAGCCUCGGCCAAGGGACCCGAAGCCCCCCUGGGGCUGGCAGCCCGGGGAGUGGGGAGUAUGAGAUCAUGACUUCUGCCAGGUCCUGCUCCUGCAGACAUUAAGUCAUUUUCCGGAGGAAGUGCCGUAUGACGUCCAUCUGGUUGCAGGAGUCGGGGUGGAGCCGGCAGCUCCAGCGAGACCACGGCAGAGGUUUCAGAUGCCCUCAAACACUCUGCUUCUAGCUUCCAGCCCUGGUUUUGAUGGAAGAAAUCUUUACCAACUUCACCAGGCAAAUGUCUUUGACUUCCACACAGU